CAGAUCUUUUCUUCCUUCUGGGCCUGUGGAUCAUUCAUUUUCUGUUCGGACAACGGCCAAUUGAUCCAUAUGCAUACCGUAGGUACCGUAUGAGUAAGUGAUCACUCGAUUGCUGAUCUAUCCGUCCGAUUUGGUUGUUUGCUGUCUUCUCUUAUGUCAACAAGCAAGAGUGGAACAACGACAACGAUCGACCCACAAUGAAGAAUGCGUUUACCACGAUCCUACUCUUGGCAUUUCCCUCCGUCGUGGCGGCUUUGAACCCGUUUGCCGCUUUGGUCCAAAAACCAACCAACGUGGUUCGUGUGGAGGAAGUAGUAGUAGUGAGUCCGUUCGAAAACGAACUGGGUGCCCAAGAGCCCUUGGGAUUUUGGGAUCCCUUGGGUGUCGUCGCGGAUGGCAAUCAGACCACAUUUGAUCGUUUGCGUUACGUGGAACUCAAACACGGUCGUAUCGCCAUGUUGGCCGUCGUGGGGUACUUGGCGACUCAAGCUGGUUGGAGGGUUCCGGCUUUUGCCGAUUUGCCCUGUGGUUUUGAUGCCCUGUGGGCAAUUCCCGGACCGGGCUUUCAACAAAUCCUCGUCUUUAUUGGAUUGCUCGAAUCCGAAGUCAUGAAAGAUGUCAUUGGUGGAGAGUUUAUCGGUGAUUUUCGAAAUGGCCUUCUCGACUUUGGAUGGGACACAUUUGACGAUGAAACCAAACUGAAAAAGAGAGCCAUUGAACUCAAUCAAGGACGCGCCGCCAUGAUGGGCAUUCUAGCACUCAUGGUACAUGAAAUGAUGGGCGUUUCACUCAUCCCGGCAGGGGUCAAGAUUGAAAUCAUCAUGAAGCAAAUGUAAUGUAGCAAAACACAAUGGAGUAGGUGCAGUGAUUGGAAAGGAAAGCACGAAAAGAGUGAAAUAUACGUUGCAGCCAUAAAACGUUUUGAAGAUGGGAUGUGUCAAAAAACGAGCAUCCCAGGUUUUGAGGUUUUGAAAGGGUAGAGAGCAGAAGAUCAGCAUGUUAUGCAGUGUCUUCU